GAGAGAGCUGGAGGAGGCGGUCUCUCUUCCAGAGCGCUAGUUGGGAGCGGAGCCUGCCUGUCAUUGGUCACUAGAGCCAAUGGAAAGGGGCUGCCGCGCGGCCGUAAAGAGUUUGUAGAGGCAGUUCGGGUGCGGUACGUUGCAUUCCGGUGCCGGACGCCGAGAGCGGUUUGUCUCCAUCUCUGGAGUUGUAGGCGAGAGGUGAUCAUGUCCGGUCGCGGGAAACAGGGCGGCAAAGUGCGAGCAAAGGCCAAAUCCCGCUCCUCCCGCGCGGGCCUGCAGUUCCCGGUGGGCCGAGUGCACAGACUGCUGCGCAAAGGGAACUACGCGGAGCGAGUGGGCGCCGGGGCGCCGGUGUACCUGGCGGCGGUGCUGGAGUACCUGACGGCUGAGAUCCUGGAGCUGGCUGGCAACGCCGCGCGUGACAACAAGAAGACCAGGAUAAUUCCCCGCCACCUGCAGCUCGCCAUCCGCAACGACGAGGAGUUAAACAAGCUGCUGGGCAAAGUGACCAUCGCUCAGGGCGGCGUCCUGCCCAACAUCCAGGCCGUGCUGCUGCCCAAGAAGACGGAGAGUCAGAAGGGGAAGAGCAAAUGACCCUGACGCCGCCCUCGGGGAGCUGGCUCCCCCAGCAAGGGCCCUUUUCAUGGUCGUCCCGCAAUGUUUUUGAAUGUGCUGGAUGUCAUGGAGGGCCGGUGACAUCUAGCGGGGAGGUGGGCGGCGAGGGGCCCGGCGGGAGCCAAUAAAGUUGGUGAAAAUCGUU